ACUUCUUCUUCUUCUUCUUCUUCUCUCUCUCUCUCUCUCUCUCUCAUGUCAAACCACACAGUGGAAUCAAGUACAGUGGAAACCAGUGAUGGAGUAAAACUCCACACAAAGGCUUUUAAGCCCAAAGAAGAGAUCAAAGACGAUGAUGGUCUGGUGGUUGUUCUGGUCCACCCCUUCUCUAUCUUGGGUGGCUGCCAAGCCCUCUUGAGGGGAAUAGCUUCUGGCUUAGCUGACAACGGUUACAAAGCUGUCACCAUGGACAUGAGAGGAGCCGGAAAGUCAACCGGAAGAGCCUCUCUCACCGGAUUCUCUGAAAUCAAAGAUGUUAUUGCUGUCUGCAACUGGGUUCGUGACCAUCUCCUCGGGCAGAGGAUUUUGUUGGUGGGUUCUUCUGCAGGUGCACCAAUUGCAGGGUCUGCGGUUGAUCAAAUUGAACAUGUUGUGGGGUAUGUAAGUUUGGGGUACCCUUUUGGAAUGAUGGCCUCAGUCCUAUUUGGAAGACACCACAAAGCUAUUUUAGCAUCACCAAAGCCAAAACUCUUUGUAAUGGGGACUAAGGAUGGGUUCACAAGUGUGAAGCAACUGAACAACAAGUUGUCCUCUGCUGCAGGACGAGUUGAAACUCACCUGCUAGAAGGUGUAAGCCACUUCGAAAUGGAAGGUCCUGCUUAUGAUGCUCAGAUGGUGAAUCUCAUCCUUAAGUUUAUUGCAUCAUUGUAGGAUAUUAUUUAAGAAUUCUCGGUGAAAAUAGAUCGUUUCGUGUCAUUUUAUGAAAUAGUUUUCUGAUAAUUUUUUGCAAAAUAACUUCUCGAUAUGACGAUGAGUGUAUCGGGAGAAUCAUUUUGCAAAAAAUUAUCAAAACUAGGCCAUUCAACAAAGUGACUAGGAGUUUGUGGUUGGACAAAGUAGAGUAGGAGUCUCUUUAACUUCAAGUUCAAAUUAUUUGAUUUUUAACUCUGCCUUUUGUGUGUACUUGCUAACUAUUUAUGGUCUGUAAUAUGCAGGAAGUUGGGAAGUUUUGGUA